AUGAGUCUUCGCCCACCUUCUGCCAGCCCGAGCCCAAGCCCGGGCCCACUUGAGAACGGCAACAAGGCAGCAGCACGCCAGUCGCUGGGACCGGCUGCUCGCGCUACCCCAACUCUUGCCCCUGCUUCGCCCCGCCCGGGAGGCCAACCGAGCGCCAGGCCUACUAGCGAGCUACUAGGCACAGGGGCCAUGUUCCAAACUCCUGAAGCGGAAGCUCUUGACCAAUGGUUCGAAAACCUUCAGAAUUACGAGGCCACUUUGGAGGACAUGGCAGCUGCCUCCUUGGAUGUCAAUUUUAAAGAGGAGCUGAGUGCCAUCGAGCAAUGGUUCAAGGUUCUUUCCGAAGCAGAGCGCACAGCCGCUCUUUACAGCCUUCUUCAACACUCUACCCAAGUUCAAAUUCGAUUCUUCAUCACAGUCCUUCAGCAAAUGGCCAGGUCCGACCCGAUGACCGCCCUGCUCAGUCCGGCCAUGGGUGGAUCAAUGCAGAGCCAAAUGGAAGCCAAGCUUGCGAGCAUCAAGUCUCCAGGUCUCAAGUCUGGUCUUCCUGCGUCGCCUACGACCCGCAGCUUCAAUCCAGGCAACCGCCAGUCUUUAAUUUUGGACAGCAGCUCCAACUUUUUGUCGCCCGAUUCAGCCGCCAAUGCAAUUGGGCAGAACGAGUCUGCUGCUGCAACUCUUGCUCAACAGAGGGCCAAACUCAAGGCUAGCAAUGCUUCGCACAGGAUUUCCGCGCCUGUUCUUGCCUCUGCUGGAGGGGAUGGACGUGGCUCCUGGGGCCCUUCUGUACUGAGCCAAGUCUCGGAGCAACAGGCCCCCGCCCAGGAAGUUACCGUCAAUGUCUCGCGCCCGAAGAGUACGGAGUUUUCAGGCACCAUUGGCACUCCUAGGUCGGCCAGUAACGAGGCUACGGCUCCUGCGAGUGAUAGUUGGGCUAGCAUGGUCACAACUCCGUUGAUCCCGAUGUUCAAGAAGGAGACCCGACCUGCACCUGCUGUCGAUAACGCCCCGAAGACAGAUUGGCAUCAGAAUCCCGGCCCGGGCGUCCCUCGCAUGGGAGAUCCUACUAUUCAUCGUCGCAAUCCGAAGAGCGCGAAUAACAACAACGGUAACAAUGACGGACAUGUAGUGUACGAUGAUAACGGCAAUCCAGUUCACAACCAGAACCAGAAUGCAGGACGCGGCGGUGCCGGCGGUGCGAGGGGUGGUGGUGGACCGCAAUGGAGGAGCCCGGCGCUCAACAACAAUCCUCAUGGGCAGCCGAACAGGUUCGGCGACGGGUCGGAUGCAGGAGGAAGCAAUGCCGGUGCGAUGAACGGGCUUGGGAUGCAGAUGGGCAACUUUGGGAUGGGUAUGGGCAGUCCGACGAUGGGAAUGGGCAUGCCAGGCUUGGGCAUGCAGCCAAUGAGCCCCUUCAACAUGAACAUGCUCAGUAUGAUGUCCCCCGAGGCGCAGCUCCUCGCCGCCCAGAUGGCUGCGAGCGGGUUCGGGCAGCCCGGUGUGAACGUCGGCGGUUGGUUGGGCAUGCAACCUAUGAGUGCAGGCCUCGGACAGAUGGGCCCUGGCGGCGGUAGGAAGGGACCUGGCUCUGCUCGCUCGCCUGGCUUGCCGAGUGCCAGGAGUGUGGGCAGCAGGGGCGACGGCUCGGGCCCGGGCAAUGCCACGCCCAAGGGUGAAGAAGACGUCGACCCAGCCCUCCUCAACGACAUCCCCGCGUGGUUGAGGAGCUUGAGGUUGCACAAGUACACCCCGAACUUCGAAGGCAGCAAGUGGCAAGACAUGGUGAUGAUGGAUGAGGCAGCGCUGGAGGCGAAGGGCGUUGCGGCACUGGGUGCGAGGAGGAAGAUGCUGAAGACGUUCGAGCUGGUCAGGAAGAAGAUGGGCAUCGAGGGUGGUCCGCCGAGUGCUGUCCCGAGCAGUGCUGGAGUCAAGGCCUAA